AUGGAUGGAGGCAAACAGAGUGGGGACUCUGAGUUCCUGCUCAUGGGGCUCUCAGAGAUUCCCGUGCAGCAGUGGAUCCUGUUCUGGACAUUUCUGCCCAUGUACCUGGUCACUGUGGUGGGAAAUGUGCUCAUCAUCCUGGCCAUUGGCUCUGACUCCCACCUGCACACCCCCAUGUACUUCUUCCUGGCCAACCUCUCCCUCACUGACCUCUUCUUUGUCACCAACACGAUUCCCAAGAUGUUGGUGAACCUUCAGUCCCAGAACAAAGCCAUCUCCUACACAGGGUGUCUGACACAGCUCUUCUUCCUGGUCUCCUUGGUGGCCCUGGACAAUCUCAUCCUGGCAGUGAUGGCACAGGACUGCUAUGUGGCCAUCUGCCACCCUCUCCACUAUGUCACAGCCAUGAACUCUAAGCUUUGUAUCCUGCUACUCACCUUGUGUUGGGCCCUGUCUAUCCUCUAUGGCCUCAUCCACACUCUUCUCAUGACCAGGGUGACUUUCCAUGGAUCCCGGAAAAUCCAUUACAUCUUCUGUGAGGUUUAUGUCUUGCUGAGGCUCGCAUGUUCUAACACCCAGAUCAACCACACCAUGCUGAUCACCACAGGCUGCUUCAUCUUCACCCCACUAGGGUUCAUGAUCAUGUCAAAUGUCCGCAUCGCCAGAGCCAUCCUCAGAAUACCCUCAGUCACUGGAAAGUACAAAGCCUUCUCCACCCGUGCCUCCCAUUUGGCUGUUGUCUCUCUUUUCUGUGGGACACUUGGCAUGGUGUAUCUGCAGCCCCUGCUUACCUACACCAUGAAGGAUGCAGUAGCCACAGUGAUGUAUGCUGUGGUGACCCCCAUGAUGAACCCUUUCAUCUACAGCCUGAGGAACAAGGACAUGCAUGGGUCUCUGGGAAGAAUCCUCCUAGGGAAAGCCUUCAGAGGUCAACACGAGGGUAACUUGAAGUGGAAACUGGGAGUAUCUUCUACCCUAUAUAAGUCCUGUAGAGGGAUAUAG